ACUCUCCCCUCUGGUUUGUCGUCGGGGAAUACAAGCAUGCACAUUACUAACGCCCUGCCUCAGUACCCCGGAUUGUUCGGCAUACGGCAGGAGAAGUGAGGAAUAUCGAUACAGUACACCGAUGUCAAAGUGACUGGCCCCCCGGGUCUUCCCUGACCCUCGACUAUAGGCAAGGAUAUGAGCAUUCAUUAUCAGUGAUGUUGCCGCUGUUGGUCGAAAGUCCCGGAUCACACCUGUAUGUAUCUACAACAGACAAACUGCCAUGCUCCACCUACUGCUCCCUGCUGCACUGCACUGCACAGCACAGUACCGCCCGCCACUACCGGCACUCGAUGCAAGCUGCAAAGUACAGUAAUCCCAUCCCGCUAGCACCCCCCCCUCGUCUCUGUCAGCACAUACAGUACCAGAGUACCGAAGUCCUUGCUAACACCAAGCUCAUGAACCUCCCUCACGGUCACAACGGCUUCGACGGCAGAGCAAACAGAGACCCCCCCGUCCCUCGCACAAACCUCUAAACUCCAAUGAAACGCACAGCAACGCCCUCGGUGGCGGCUUUCGCGGGCUGUUUAUGUGUGUGUGAUCACGAGUCCUCGGAGGCGCGACGGAUAUGUCGGAUCGGGUGGUGAUGGGCUGCUCUAGAGAGUGUAGAGAGUGGGGAUCGGCAUGUGGAUAUUUGCUUGUCGCCCAACACUUCAUCUAACACCAACGAAGCCACUCUACGGCUCUAAUAGUAACAACAGCCGCCAAGAUGGGCAUCCUCCCGCGCUCUAACAUGGCAUUGCACACGAACCCCAACAUCUUCCACUACCCGACCUCGGCGGACAUCACGAACAACUCGCACGGCUCCGACUGGCUCUGGGCCGUGACGGCCUUCUUCGCCUUCUUCACCUGCGGCAUCAUCGGCGACUCCUACCUCGUUCCCCGCCGCGCGCGCGCCUUCCACUAUCUCGCUGCUGCCGUGAGCGUGGUGACCACGAUCAACUACUUCACUAUGGCCUCGAAUCUGGGUUACGUCGCUAUCUUCGUGGAGUUUGUGCGGGAUAAGGCGCACGUCAGAGGUGACACGAGAGAGAUCUAUUACGUGAGGUACAUCGACUGGUUCCUCACCGGCACUCUCCUCGUCCUCGCCACCCUUCUGACCGCCCGCACCCCUCUCCCCAUCAUGCUCUGGACCCUCUUCUUAACCUGGAUGUCCGUCCUGACCCUCCUAACCGGCGCUCUCGUCGCGUCCUCCUACAAGUGGGGAUACUUCGUCAUCUCCAUCCUCUCCCUCUUCGGCGUAGUCUACAACCUCCUGUGGACCGCACGCCGGUACGCAGCCCGCCACACCUCCGCCAUCUCACGCACCUACCUCUCCCUCGCCGCCUGGCUUAGUUUCAUGUCCCUCAUCUACCCAAUCUCGUGGGGCGUGAGCGAGGGCGGGAACGUCAUCGGGAUCGUCGGCGAGAUGGUAUUCUAUGGUGUCCUCGACACGGUUACGCGGGUCGGCUUUGUGGGGCUGCUACUCUGGGGGCAUAGACAGAUCGAUCCGGCUGUCUUGGGCAUGGCUAUGAGGGAUUACGGCGAGGACGAGAUCGUAGAGAAGAUCCAUAGAGCCGGGGAGGUAGCGCCAGCUGAGGCUACUGCGGGUGGUGUUGUGGAGACAGCUUAAUUAUCCAAGAAGGGGCUUGGUCCGUUUUACCCCCCGGCCUCUAAGUCCACGAUGAUGCAUAUCAUUAUAACGACCUGUGGAAAACAGGGGUGUUGCCGAAACUGUUGAACCGCGCGAUGCGGUCGAUGAUACGACUCUCUUUUGCUAAACGUUUUGAAAUAUCUGAUUCUAAGGGGUUAUGCUCUACUGGCGAGAAAGGAGAAGGGGAGAGUGGAUGUGUAGGGAAUAAUAGAGGAGGAUAGGCAUAAUUAACGUCCCUCCCUACAUAGAAGAAAUGAUAGGUACUUUAACUUUAAUUAUCUUAAAAUCUACAUAUGCUUUAAU